AUGUCGGAAUCUUUAGAAGGUCUUAAUCUUUCUGGCGAUGAAAUUAAGAGAAUUUCAGAUGCCAUGAAAGAUGAGAAAUUCCGGAAAUUGUUUGUUGAAUAUGCAGAAGAAUUAUCUGAUCCAGAAAAUAGACGUUUGUAUGAAGAAGAGUUGAGUAGAUUAGAGAAUGAGCGUGGAAUGGACAUCACGUUUGUCAACCCGACACCCGGUUAUGUGUUAAAGACAAGUCUAAACGGAGAGCAGAAAGCUUUUAUAAAUAUUUGCCAAAGUGAUAAAAUAGACAAACCAUCAGGUAAACGGGAAAAAGAAUCGGGUAAGAAUGGACUCAUGUGGUACCUUCCUCAUUCAUUUGCACCACCUCGUGAAGAUCUGGAUAAAAAUGGUCAGAAAUGUCAAGUUUAUGAUGUUGUAUUUCAUCCAGACACUUACAGAAUGGCAGAGUCGAAUCAAAGAUUUAAGAAGUUAGUUGAAGAUACAGCAUUAGAUGGAAUUGAAAAGCAAUUUGCUGCCAAGUUGGAUCGCAAAAAUUUGAAAAGGCCGAAUAUGAAAUUUAAAGGAACUCCAACAGCAACUGUAAUUCGCACCAAAUCUCAGAAUGGAACGCCAAACACUGAAAAUGAAUUUUUGAAAAAGCUCCCAAAUCCUUAUGAAGAUAAAGUAGCACCAAAGAAAGUGUCUGAAAAUAAGAUAGUUGAAGAAAAGAAUAAGAGGAACUCAGAGUCUUCUGAAACCAAGGUAUCAGGACCAACUGUUCCAAAAUAUUCUAUAAUCCAUAGAUCUGAGCUAGAUUUGCAAGAGUACACAAAUAAUCAGGCUAAUAAAAAGUCCACACGUCCUAAAGAGUUGGUUGUAACAAUUCAGCUGCCACUAUUGAAGUCUGCUGCAUCUGCUGAUUUAGAUAUUUUUGAAAAAAGAUUAGUGCUAGAAUCUAAGCAACCUGCAGCUUAUAAACUGGACAUAAUGUUACCUUAUCCUGUAAAUGAUGAAGAGGGCAGUGCAAAGUUUGAUAAAACAAAGCAUUCAUUGAUUGUCACCUUGCCAGUUAUACCGGUACCAGAUAAAUUAGAUGAAGAACUUACAACUUCCAACAUUGAAUCAGAAGGGACAGACAUGUUGAAAGAUUCAGUUGUAGAAAACAAACCAUUAAUAGAAAAACUAGUCAGUAUUAUUCCAAGCAACAGUAUUAUUUAUCAAAAACCAGACUUUUCUUUUACUCAAGAUACAGAGACAGUAAAUUUUGUCAUUAAUGUCAAAAAUAUAUCAAGGGACAGUUUGACCACAGAUUUCCCAACUCCCUAUUCCAUACAUCUCAAGUUUCUGUCUUUGGGAUCAGGCGGAUUUCCAAUGAAUUAUUCACUAUACAUCGAGUUUGAUGAAGAUUGUCAAAUUGCUGAAGACCAUUGUUCUGUUGAUGUUUCUACAACAGCACUUGUCCUGUUGAUAUUGAAGAGUAAAGAGUCGAGGAGAGAAUGGAAUGGGUUUAAAGCUGGAGUUGAUGUCAACUCAUUGGAGGUGAGAUAA